AUGACUUCUGAGGAAUCAGUGACUUCCAGGAAAGACUGGAUGACAACCAGGAAUAGAUUGGUGACAACUGGAGAGACAGUGGACAUCCAGGAGAGACUGGAAUUGGGUGAGGCCUAUACAGAGACAGCUCAGUGUGUUUGCGGGAAAAUCUGUAAGAAUGCCAGGGGUCUCAAGAUACACCGGUCUAGGAAGGGUUGUCAGCCUGAUCCGGAGCAGAGACAGUGCACAGACUUGUCUGGUGAGACACAGGAGGACCACAGCCAGGAAGAACACCACAGUGCUGAGGAUCUCCACGAAUCUGAGGUGGAACAGGUGGAUAAGCCUACAAGACCAGAACCUGAUCUUGGUAGCCAGGGCAGUCGUACAGAUGACAGACUAGAGCGCAUCAAAUGGCCAGCUAUGAACGAGAAACAGUGGAAGGAGUUUGAUGAGGAUGUAGAUGGCAUCGUGGAACAGGUGUUACUUGGAACAGUAGAAAGGAAACUGCGGAGUAUGUGUAGACUGAUAUAUGCAGUCGGGAAGGAAAGAUUUGGGGUGACACCAUCGGAAAGGAAGCAGACUACAGUCGCCAAGAACAGACGGCAGAUAGAAAUAGAGAAGUUGAGGAAGGACCUUCGCAACUUGGGGAACCAGUACAGACAGGCAUCAGAGCUAGAGAAAAUUGGUCUACAGGAACUACGAGACCACACCAGACGCAGACUUCAAGACCUGAGGAAAGCGGAAAGGAUACGAAAAGCCAGAAGGGAUAAGGCCAGACAAAGAUCACGAUUUCUUUCCAAUCCCUAUGGUUUUAGCAAGGAAAUCCUUGAAGAGAAGAAAGCGGGACAGCUGAAUUGUUCUAAAGAGGAGGUUGAAGAGCAUCUGAAGAACACGCACUCUGAUCAGGCGAGACAUAUGCGGAUGGAGGGACAUGAACGCAUAGCCCCAGUACCCAUGCCCAUUGUUGCAUUUACUGAGGGAGAACCAACCCUCAAGGAGGUCCAAGAUAUAAUCAAGAAGGCUAGAUCCAAGUCAGCACCAGGCCCAAAUGGAAUACCUUACAAGGUGUACAAGUCAUGCCCAAAACUGCUGAGACGGUUGUGGAAACUAUUGAAGGUGGUCUGGCGUAAAGGAGAUGUACCUGUGGAGUGGCAGCGAGCAGAAGGCAUCUUCGUCCCAAAGGAGGAGGUUUCCAAGGAUAUUGGACAGUUCCGGACAAUAUCAUUGUUGAAUGUGGAGGGCAAGAUCUUCAUGUCAGUGGUUGCCAGGCGUCUUACAACAUUCAUGACCAGUAAUGGGUACAUUGACACAUCAGCACAGAAGGGAGGUGUUCCAGGAUUCUCUGGCUGCAUUGAACACACAUGCGCUAUUAGCCAGUUAAUCAGGGAAGCUAAGAUCAACAAGACAGAUCUCACAGUUGUAUGGCUGGAUCUAGCAAAUGCGUAUGGCACGGUACCCCACCAGGUAAUAGAGUUUGCUCUGAAAUACCACCAUGUACCAGAACAUAUUCAGAGCAUUGUCAGAAGCUACUACAGAAACAUCAACAUGCGCUUCACAACAAAGAACUUUACAACAUCCUGGAUACAGCUUCAGAAGGGGAUUGUAACCGGCUGCACAGUGUCAGUAGUACUGUUCAUCGCCGCUAUGAAUCUCAUCAUCAAAGCCGGAGACAGGGAGUCAAGGGGACCGAAGACCCAGACAGAUAUCAGACUUCCACCACAGAGGGGAUUUAUGGAUGAUCUGACUAUCACAACAGAGUCCCACAUACAAGCUCGAUGGAUCCUAUCAGCCCUUGAAGAUGUUGUGUCAUGGGCUAGAAUGGCCUUCAAACCAAGGAAGUCAAGAUUUCUUAUCUUGAGAAGAGGUAAAGGCUGGCAGAAGACAACACUCAGGGUACAGGGCGAGGAUAUCCCAUCACUUAUUGACAACCCCGUCAAGUGCUUGGGUAAAUGGUUUGACACCACACUGGGUGAUAGCAGAAAUAACACAGAGCGCAUCAGGCAGCAACUGAGGAAUGGGCUUGCAAAGAUAGAGGGAACAGGCCUACCAGGGAAGUUCAAGGCAUGGCUUUUCCAGCAUGGCCUCCUGCCCCGUCUUCUGUGGCCACUAAUGUUGUAUGAGAUCCCAACAUCGACGGUUGAUAGCUUGGAAAGCAUGAUAAACAAGAGCCUGAGACGAUGGUUUGGACUUCCACCAUGUAUGACAAGUAUUGGACUCUACAACAGAACCGGAAUGUUGCAGCUCCCUCUUUCAUCAAUUGUAGAGGAGUACAAAGUUAGUAAGGCAAGGCUCGUGUUGACCCUACGAGACUCUAGUGACAUGAGCAUUAGAAAUGCAGGGAUAGAGGUCAGAACUGGAAGAAGAUGGUCAGCAUCGAAUGCAGUUGAGCAGGCAGAGAGUCGACUGAGACAUCAAGACAUAGUGGGAACAAGUUGUCAAGGUAGACAGGGACUCGGCUUGAACACUAGACAACCGUGGAGUUCAGCCACAACAGUCCAAAGAAGAGAACUUGUUCAGAGCGAAAUCCGAAAGGAAGAAGAAGAGAUAAGAAAGGUGAAAGCAGUCCAGAUGGGGAGCCAGGGAAGUUGGACAAAGUGGCAGACAACAGGGAGGAAACUGUCAUGGACAGAUAUCUGGAAGUACCAGUUUUUUCAACUGCAGUUCCUGAUCCGGGCAGUUUAUGAUGUCUUGCCAACACCGGCGAAUCUCCAGAGAUGGGGGCUGAUAGAAACAGCAGAAUGCACCCUAUGUGGAGGAAGAGCUACCCUGGACCACAUCUUGUCCUCGUGUAAGGAAGCACUUGCCCAGGGGAGAUACCGCUGGAGACAUGACCAGGUACUCCGAGAGGUAGCGGAUACACUUGAGAGACACAAGAAGAAGGCACGAGUACAUGCAGGGGCAAAGCACAUCAACUUUGUACCAGCAGGGACAGUAAUGAAGGGUACAAAGGGAGGACAUCCGAGUAUCCUAGACGGCACAAAUGACUGGGAACUACGGGCAGAUCUUAUGAAACAGCUGCAGUUUCCAGACAUUGUCCACACUACCCUACGCCCAGACAUUGUGAUGGUCUCCGGAAAGACAAAGAAGAUCAUCCUGGUAGAGCUGACUGUCCCGUGGGAAGAAAGAUGUACUCAGGCACAUGAGAGAAAGAAGGCCAAGUACGAAGAUCUCGUCCAGGAAUGUAGAGAGGCCGGGUGGAGAGCAUGGAACUACCCGAUUGAAGUGGGAUGCAGAGGGUUUCCUGCACCAUCGCUGGGAAAGAUGUUCCAGGAUAUGGGAAUAGAGGGACAGGCGAGAAAGCUGGCCAUUAAGAAGGUAUCACAGGCAGCAGAAAGAAGCUCCAGCUGGCUGUGGCUAAGGAGGAACGCCAGUAGCUGGAAGCCAUCCACUAAUGGGUAG